CAAGUCAGCACCAACCCAAACAAGCAGGAAACAGGAAAUGUUCAGGUUUCAGGGAGGCUGAAGCCCAGCGCAGCCCGGCACAGCAUCAUGCCGGGGCGAGCUGACAGGAAGGCUUCCGGGGCUGCCCUCGUCUUUGCCCUGGUGAUCGCGCUCCUUCCCACCAGCCAGGCUCUGGGGUAUGUUGAGGAACCAGAACAGUCAGCAGAUAGGCCCCUGGAAGUGGAAAGCCGCGAUGGAGACUCUACCGAUGGAGCCGUGAUGGAGACGACGUUGGCUGCAGUGACCACAGCAACAUUAAUAACAAAUACAAAUUUUACCUACUUUGAGGAGGAUGCAGAUCAGCACGAAUUUAUAUUAAUGGUGUUGAUCCCGCUGAUUUUAUUGGCCCUCCUAUUUGUAAUACUGGUAAUCCUUGUAACACGCUAUAAAAGGAAAAGAACUAAACAAGAGCCUUCUAGCCAAGGAUCUCAGAAUGCCUUACAGACAUAUGAACUGGGAAGUGAGAACAUCAAAGUCCCCAUUUUUGAGGAAGACACACCCUCUGUUAUGGAAAUUGAAAUGGAAGAGCUUGACAAGUGGAUGAACAACAUGAAUAGAAAUGCUGAUUGUGAAUGUUUACCUACUUUAAAGGAAGAAAAGGAAUCAAACCACAACUCAAGUGACAGUGAAUCCUGAAACUGAAUGGUGCUAAUGUUUUCCAAGGAGCAGCCCUGGAGGGAGCCUGCCGAGCCUGCCAAUGGAGGAUGAAGAGGAUGCAAAUUUAAUUAAUUUCAAAUCAACACAGACACAAGAACCUUUUGCUGUGCCUCCCAACGCCCACUCUCCCUAACGAUGGCAUCACCUGUACUUGGAAGAAUGCACGAUUGAGAAGCGCCGGGCAGAGGCUUGGCUGCCAUCCACCGUGGCUUCUGAGGGUGGAGUAGCCACGGGACGCGUUCACCUCUCCUCAGCGCCUGUUCCCUCCUCUCCACCAACCUCUAGCUGCCUGUACUCACUGCGGCCACACUCUCCAGGUCCUUGUUCCCUUUCUGCUUCAUUCCUUGGAGUUUAAAUCAGGAAGCUGUUUUACAUACGGCCUCCUUCUGGGUCACCUUGUUACCUAAUUAGCUUUGGAUAAUUUCCUCUGAUUAGUCAAGUCCUCUGAUAGGUCCUCUGCCUUCAGCAGGAACUUUCCUCAAGGCCAGUUACGUCAUGGAAAAGACAGCGAACAAAGCGCGUGCUUCACUCUAUACAUCAUCCCCAGGGGUUGGGAAGCGCGUCUACCUGCCAAGAAGACAGAGUGAGAGUCCACCAUCCUGAGGAGAUGUUGUCUGGUGACCUGCGGACUCUGAGUUGGCCAGACAGGCCCCUUGGGCACUUCUCGGAGGAACAGGAAUCUGCAGUGAAGGAGCGAGAUGAUCUCCCUCUCGGCUAAGAUCACCAGCGCGGUCACAUUACUCCAAAGCUCAUUCUUGCUCUCACCACACCUCUUUGCCUUUGUGUGAAGAGAACAUGGGCACAGGGGGUCAUCUGCCAACGCUUUACAUUUUUGAGAUCUUUAAGGUCGUUUGCAACAAACAGAACAGGAACAGGCAGAUACCUGUGCCCGUGGCAGGCAUCACCCACUGUACCUUCCUGUCAGGCUGGCACAAGCCUCGUGUCUCCCUGGACACAGCUUUCCAGGAGGCUGCUAUCAGUCCAGCAGAGGUGACAUUCUACACGGGGUUUGUUGACAUUCUUGUACAAGAAGCAACGGUGCCAGAUGCAGAAGGGCCUGCUUAUCAUUCCCAUUCACGGAAAAUCAAUCCUCACUGAAUCCUUGAUUGUCCAAUUCUGACCUUUAAAGCAAUCUGGCAAACUGGGAGUCCUCGGGUCUUCCGCAAUACCUGAUAUUGUAUUCCAGGAAAGAAAUAAAGAGUGAACACUUUAUUUAUUUUACUUUCCACAUGUAAACUGAGGGGAGAUGAGGGUCACCACACAUUUGCUGCUGAAUUUGGGGUCUUGGGUUCGAAAGGCUGCCUUAAUACAUAACAAAACUACCCCUCUCCCCCUUCUCGGAAUCCCUUUGACUGGUACUCACCUUCUGAACUAUGCCCAUCAUUUUAAAGGCAGAGCUCCAAGCCAGGGAAAUCUUUCCGUACAAUGAAAGAGAACUAUCUGGUUGUGUUUAACCACUGCUAUUGUGUUAUCCUGGGACUUCAUGGAACUGUGGCAAAAGACAGUCUUUGUGGUAUAUAAUGUCAGCAGAUUCAUCUGUCAUAUCCUCGUUAGCACAUCCUAAUAAGGCAUUUUUGUUUUCACGUCUGUUUUGCAUAUUCAUAUUCAAUUUGUGGUCGACAGUGACUCUCGGAUAUUUAUGCCAAAAUUGCCAUUUUCUGAAUUAUUAUUUCUGCCUGUUUUGUUACUUUGUUUCUUCUCCACGUUUUGACUCUUUGAAGAGUCUUAGAUUGCUUCCUUCUCUCUCUAGGUAUCUAAGAAUUUGCUGAAUACUUACGCCUAUAAACUUUAUCCAAGUCUCUCAACCAAUGCACCUAAAAGUUCAGAGAAUGAUAAGGGGUCUUGAAAUCUCAUUUUGAUUAAGCAAUACUUUAUGAACAUUUUAAUACAGUUAAAAUAUUCUCAUUCAGUAUUUAAAAUAACUUUAAAUUUCAGAAGAAGCAAGCUUCAGUAACAUGUCAUUGAAUUUAUGUCUGCAAAAUGUCCUAACCUCUAUAAUUGCACAGUCUACAAGGAAUUUUUUUUAGAAGGUAGUUUAUUCUAGCAAGGUCUAUGAACCAAAGCAGUGAAGGGUCAAUCCUAGCAUCCUGUAUCUUUUUAUUACUGUUCAAUCAAUAGAUAUCAUAUAUUUAUGAUAAUUUCAAUAACUGCUUUUAAACCCAAACUUAAUUUUUAUGUUUCAGACUAUUGUUGGUAAAAAUCACAUUAAUUUGCCCUAAUUGGGUAGCCAAUCAGAACAAAAUCUGACUUUAGAAUAUUUUAAAGAUAUAUAACUUUCACUGCAUAUUUUUGUACACUUUAAGCAAACUAGGUUAACAAUAUUGCCUAGUUAAACUCCUCAGGGAACUUGUUUUAAUAAACAUACAAGAUUAUCGAUGUGUUACUCUUCUUUUUUAAGCUUAUUUAUUUAUUUUGAGAGAGAGAGAAAGAGAGAGAGCGUGUGCAUGCGAAUGGGGGAGGAGCAGAGAGACGGAGAGAGAGGAUCCCCAGGCCGAUUCUGGGUGGGAAACCUGAUGCGGGGUUCCAUCUCAGGAACCAUGAGAUCAUGACCUAAGCUGAGAUCAAGAGUCAGGCACUUAAUAGACACUUAACUGACUGAGCCACUCAGGUGCCUCUAUCAAUCUGUUACACUCUCUCUCUCUUUUUUUUUUUUAAAGUUUAUUUUAUUUUGAGAGAGAAAGAGACAGUGUGAGUGAGUGAAUGGUAGAGAGAAGAGAGAGACAAUCUCAAGCAGGCUCCGCACAGUCAGCACAGAGCCCGAUGCAGGGCUCGAACCCACAAACCCGUGAGAUCAUGACUUGAGCCGAAGAGUCGGACACUCAACCAACUGAGCCACCCAGGCGCCCCUCAGUCUGUUACUCUUAAUUCAGUGAUAUGACUCCUCUUUCUGGGAAGCUCACUGUUAUCUAAAAACAGGCAUACAGCAUGGAUCAAAAGUCAUAUCCAGGGAGUGACAAAUGCCUCUAGCAAUGUAAAAUGUUUUAAAAAAUGCUUUUGUCUAUUUUUAAAUUUCGACUGUUUAAACUAUCAAUUUGCACCAUCUCUGGAAGAAGGCCCCUAUGAUAAGUAAACAUAAAAUAUAGGCUUUAGUUUCAGUUUCUGUCAGAAUUAAUACAAAUUCUGAAGGUAGUAGAGUGCCAAGACACAGUUUCAUACUGGGAAGACACUGCUGAAAUUCUCAUUGUGGGGAAAACAUUGAGUUUUAUGCUGGAUUAAAUUUACACAUGCUACUUUUUCACCGUCAGAAGAUACUCAGGAUGAAUCCUGGGGUUCCACUCAGUAUACACAGCAGGCAGGCCAGAGUAGCUCUACCCAUAGGUUACAUUUCUUCAGUCUUAAAAUAAUAAGAAAAGUCACUGUAUAAUAGUGUGGAAUGGAAUUAGUCAAAUUUUUUAUUAAUAAUUGCAUAAUCCAAACAAUGAAUUGCCUAAAUUACUUUGCUCGUUUGAGCAGCUCUUUGACAUUGCCUUGGUAUUGUCCUGUCUGGCACCAAACUUUUAUUUUCCUCUUCGUCCUUUUGGGAGUAGCUAUUUGUAGAUACUCGGUGGGGUUUCUUGGUUUGUUUCGUUUUUUUGUCCCAUUACCUCUUCUAAAUAGCAUGUCAUAUUCGUGAGAUAGCAAUCCAUACAAUUAUAUAAAAUAAAACCUUUAAAAAUCAAUUCAGUAGAUGCUCUAUGCUCUUUUUGAAAUAUCUUAAGAAGUUAAAUUUCUAAGCCAAAGUACAUCCAAUAACAUUGAGACUUUCAUUUCAGUGCCGUACAAGUUUAGAAAUACAACACUGAACCAUUGAAAACAACCAAAGGUGAAUGGAUGUUUUCCAGUUGGACUUCAGGUGCAGAGGGCUCGGGCAGUCAUAUUCCUCACAUCCCAUCACAUUAUCAUCACUGGCUUUUGGUACUUUAUACAUAAGUAAUUGGGCCUUUUACAUGAAAGAUAUUCUUCACAUUUUCACUUCUUUGGGCUGCAUGGAAAGAACAAAAUGAAUGAUACAUAGAAACGACAAAUUGUAAGCAACACUUUCUCCGGUAUAAAGAUCAGUGGAGAGUAAUCACUAUAUUACUCUGACUUUGGUGAAACCCUGACAUUAUAAUUAACAUCAAGAACAUGGGAAAACUCUGCAUGUUUAAUAAAUGCUAGCCUUCAGAAAGAGCAGAGGUUAUAGUUUUCCAAUGAGUGAAAAAAUAAUCUGGUAGAUCAUUAAUAAUUUCACUUGUAUGCAUCUUGUUUUUAAAGUUAAGUGAAAAUAAUGUAAAAAAUGCUGUAUUAGACUCUCAUUUUUCAAGUAAUAUAAAGUCUUUCCUCAGAAGGUCAGUAAGAUCAUCAGAUGUUUAUUUAUCACUUGGCUUCAAUGUAUAAUUUCUAUCUUAUAAGUCUCAUGUAAGAAAUGGUCCCAUCACUAUUGAUUAGAACUGAUUUGCAAAACUACUAAAGUUUUAAGACUGAUUACAGGUUUUAGGUUCUUUUCUCCUGCCUUGUAUGCUGAGAAUAAUAUAUGUAAUGAUAUUUUUCCUUUAUAGCUUAUGGCUUUAGAAAUGUCAGAUAUCCAUUACAUAUGUAUAAAUUAUG